CAACAAUAACGUCAAUUUGUUAUUUGUUUUUAUCAUAUCCUGAUGAUUUUUUUUUUAACUAUGCGGAUGCACAUUGUCGUAAUUUCCUGUAGCUUCUCCGGAUGCCUUGAGUUACAUUUUUAAUCGCUCGUGAAGGGGGAAGGAACGAUGUCGGGUGCUGGGGGAGGAAAGCGUCCCUCCGGAGGGGACAGCCCCCCUGGCCCACCUGAGAAGAAAAGCAAAAAAGAGGAGAAGACCACCACCACUCUCAUUGAGCCCAUACGCAUUGCUGGAGUCUCCUCAACGGAGGAAAUGGACAUGAAGGUCCUUCAGUUCAAGAAUAAGAAGCUGUGUGAGCGCUUGGAGCAGAGGCAGGCAAUGGAGGAUGAGUUACGUGAGAAAAUUGAGAAGUUGGAGAAGAGACAAGCCACUGAUGACACAACCCUGCUGAUUGUCAACCGCUACUGGUCACAGUUGGAAGAGACUGUGCACGUCCUACGCAAGCGAAUUGAGCCGGAAUCAACAAUGGCAUCUACGCCUGCCCCGCCCUCAGCCCCUCUACCAGAGCCCACGCCAAUGGAGGAAGAUCGUGUCAGUCUGGCCUCGCCAACAUCAACCAUUCCUCCACCUCCACUCCCAGACGUUCAGAGUGAGGGGGAGCAGACAGAGCAGCAGCAGGAGGAGCAUCAGGAAGAGCGUCAGGAAGAGCGUCAGGAGGAGCAGCAACCUCCUCCUCCUUCUGGGCCAGAAGAGUUGUUGACUCCUACAGAGCCACCACUGGACUCAACAACAGUAUGUUCAGAUGCAUCGACGCCCCCUCCUCCCCUAAGUGAGAAUGCCAAAGGUUUCCUGGCUACACUGGAGCACAGCAGUGAGGAGGAGCUCACUCUGCACCUCCAAGAACGUAUGCAAUUCAGCAAGGAAGCCAUCGCCUGCUUGGUGUGUGUAUUUGACAGGCUGCACAGCCGCAUCGAUGAUAUGUGCAAGCAAGUCCAGACUGCAGCAUGUGAAGACGAUAGCCAGUCUGACAUGCUCAGCCUGAACCACACUCUUCUGGAGGAGAACGUUCGACUGCGAGACCUGGCCACUCUCCUGCAGGGCAGACACCACAAGAUGUCCAUGGAGUAUAAUGAGCUGGUGGACAAGGUGACCAGCUCCGAGACAAAAGUGUCUGAGAUGGAGACGACAGUGGAGGACCUGCAGUGGGACAUUGAGAAGCUCCGCAACAGGGAACAAAAGCUCAACAAACAUCUGGCAGAGGCCAUGGAGCAGCUCAAGUCAGGAUACAGCAGCACUGGAAGCUCAGGUGGAUUACCUGGAGGCCAGAUUACACUAAACAUCCAGAAGUUUGAGAGUCUUAAUGCGGAGUUGGAGCACAACCAGGAGUUGGCCAAUAGCCGCAUGGCAGAGCUGGAGAAACUGCAACUGGAGCUCCAGGAGGCUGUGAGGGAGAGCGAGAAACUCAAGAUGGACUUGCGCAAUAUUCCAGAGGAGGUUGUGAAGGAGACUCUAGAGUACAAAUGUCUACAGUCCCAAUUUUCCCUGCUGUACAAUGAGUCCCUCGGGGUGAAAACCCAGCUGGAUGAGGCCCGGGCCCUCCUGCUCACUGCCAAGAACGCCCACCUCCGUCAGAUAGAGCACAUGGAGAGUGAUGAGCUGUCCCUUCAGAAGAAGCUGCGGACUGAAGUCAUACAGCUUGAGGAUACCCUGGCUCAGGUGCGCAAAGAGUACGAAAUGCUGCGUAUCGAGUUUGAACAGAACCUGGCAGCCAACGAGCAAGCAGGACCAAUCAACAGGGAGAUGCGACACUUAAUCAGCAGCCUUCAGAACCACAACCUGCAGCUGAAAGGUGACGUGCAACGCUACAAGAGGAAGUUGCGGGAAACACAAAUGGAGAUCAAUAAGUUGCGUUGUCAGAGUGGUGACACAGGGGUGCUGAUUCUAGAGGAGACAACGAGUGACAGCAUUGACGUGAAGAAAGAGGAGGAUGAGGACCAAGAGGAAGAGGAAGAGAGGAGGAAGGAACUGGAGAGACAGCGGGCCCGGGAGCGAGAGAGGGAGAGGGAAGCUGAGCGAGAACGAGAGAGGGAGCGUGAGAGAGAGAGGCAGCGCAGCGACGAGCUGAAGAGGAAGGACUCGGACACGCUGAAGAUGCUCAGAGUAGAACUCAAGAAAGCCCAAGAGUCCCAGAAAGAGAUGAAGCUCUUGUUGGACAUGUAUAAGUCGGCUCCAAAGGAGCAGAGAGACAAAGUGCAGCUCAUGGCAGCUGAACGCAAAUCUAAAGCUGAGGUGGAUGAGCUGAGGAUGCGGGUGCGAGAACUGGAGGAGAGGGAGAAGAAGGAAAGCAAGAAGCUGGCUGAUGAAGAUGCCCUCAGGAAGAUCCGAGUGGCAGAAGAGACCAUUGAGCAUUUACAGAAAAAACUGGCUGCCACUAAACAGGAGGAGGAAGCCCUGCUGAGUGAGAUGGAUGUAACUGGCCAGGCCUUCGAGGACAUGCAGGAGCAGAACAGCCGGCUGCUACAGCAGUUACGGGAGAAAGACGAUGCCAAUUUCAAGCUGAUGAGUGAGCGAAUCAAAUCCAACCAGAUCUACAAACUGCUGAAAGAGGAGAAAGAAGAGCUGGCUGACCAAGUUCUCACAUUCAAAACCCAGGUGGAUGCCCAGCUGUUAGUUGUGCAGAAGCUUGAAGAAAAAGAGGGUAUCCUCCAGAGCACACUGGCUGCUUUGGAGAAAGAGCUAGCUGUCCGGACACAAGCGCUCGAACUCAACAAGAGAAAGGCGGUGGAGGCUGCCCAGCUGGCAGAGGACCUGAAGGUGCAGCUGGAGCACACGCAGGCCAAGCUUAAGGAGAUCCAGGUCUCUGUGGCUGAGAACCGCACUGCCCGGGAGAGGGAGAGCAGCAACCUGAAACGAGCACAGGAGGACCUGUCCAGGCUGAGACGGAAGCUGGAGAAACAGAAGAAGGUGGAGGUGUACUCUGAUGCUGAUGAGAUCCUGCAGGAGGAGAUCAACCAGUACAAGGCCAAGCUGCGCUGCCCCUGCUGCAACACACGAGACAAGGAGACGGUACUCACCAAGUGUUUCCACGUGUUCUGCUAUGAAUGUCUGAAGAUGCGUUACGAUACUCGACAGAGGAAGUGCCCAAAGUGCAACUGUGCCUUCGGAGCCAACGACUUUCACCGCAUCUACAUCACCUAAUUCACAGAGAGAGGGGGGGAGUGAAAUGUAGACAGAACCAAAGGAGGGAAGAGAAGAGACAAAAGGCGAAGGAACUGAACAUUUACUUAAAGAGGCAGACAUUUUGGGGGUAACAGAUGAGUGUGUUUCCCCGUUUUAAUCUCUCUUUGGAAAGAGUUGUUUUACUGCACCAUCAUUGCCAGUCUGUGAUUUCAUUUGGUGACCAAACAGAUAGUGAGUGGCACAUGUGACUGAGUGUUGUGCUGUAGUUAAUAAACCCAGUUAUUUGUGCACACGGUGAUAUUCCUACAUGUUCAGCUGCUCUGCACUGUUUUUCUGUCCUUGUUGUUCUUGCCAUGUUAAACAUCUUCUCUUUUAACCAACUGGGCCAGCUUUUUCUUCAACUUUUUUUUUUUUUAAUGUAUUGAAAAGCUUGGAAAAACUGCAGUGGUACAUGGUUUGAAGCGUUUUGUUUGAAUUCUUUUGUCCUGCUGGAAAUCCUGUAAAAUCAGUGAAGCUGAAACUUCAAAAUUUCAAAAUUAAAAGAAGCCAUCCUUUA